AUGGCUGCUGUAAUCACUGGUUUUUCAAGAACUGCCCAAAGAGGUGGGAUUUUAAAGAGGGGUUAUAGUCCUGAUAUUUUUACUUUUACUUCAUUGAUUAAUGGGUUGUUUAUGGAAGGCAAGAUUAGUGAUGCAGUAGGGUUGCUCAAUAAAAUUAUUCAACUGGGUGGCGCUUCGGCUGCACGAAGAAGCAGGGAACAUGAAUGGAAGGCGCUUUGUAAGGAUGGGAAGACCAAUGUAGCGAGUGGGUUGUUGAACUUGAUGAUUCAGAGGGGUGAAGAGCCCGAUUCUUUUACAUAUAACACGUUGCUAAACGGAUACUGCUUGGAGAAUAAGAUUGAUGAUGCAAGGGAGUUGUUUGCUAUCAUGGAGGCUAAAGGCCAUAAGAGAGAUGUUGUAUGCUACAACGUGUUAAUUAAUGGGUAUUGCAAGUGUCAAAAACUGGAGGAGGCCAUGAGGCUUUUCAAACAAAUGAUUUGUGAAGAAUACAAGCCAACAAUAAUUACACUCAAUACCAUGUUGAUGGGUUUAUUUCAAGUAGGUAAAGUUGAGGUUGCACGGGGACUUUUUUCAAAGAUGAAAGUCUAUGAAGUGACUCCGGAUUCUACUACCUGUAAUAUAUUAUUGGAUGGAUUUUUCAAAAAUAAUUGCCUUGCACAGGCAAUGGAUCUGUUUUACAAUUUGGAAAGAUCUGGUUUUGUUCUUGAUAUUGAAACCUACAGUUGUGUCCUUGAUGGAUUGUGUAAAGCGGGAAAGCUCGAUUCCGCUACUGAGCUAUUUGAGAGGUCCCGUAAGAGUUUGGUACCAACGACAGUUACAUAUAACAUCAUGAUUCACGGAUUUUGUAAAACUGGAAAAAUGGAAGGGGCAUAUAAUUUGUUUAUGGAGAUGGAAGAGAAAGAGCCUAGAAGUGAAAUAAGCCCUUUCAUUUUUGAGCUCGGUUAA